CGUUAAUUAAAACCGAUUUCCUUUAUUUUGAAAAAGCCACUAAAAUAAACCACGGAUUUAAUUAUGUUUAGUGAUCCUUAUUUGUACGCGAUUAGCAUAUUUAAGUCCUUUGUCCGUCCUACAUUUGUACGGGGAAGUGAAGGAACAAUGGGAGUGAUUAUUCGUCGUCAGAAACCGGGACUUAAACGUGUCUAUUAAAUGUUAACUUAGCAAACAAUGGAAAGAAGAAAGUGCUAACUUCCUCGAAAAACGUCACGUUUUAAAAUACUCAAUCUGAAUAUUUAAGUGAGAAAGAAGGAAAAAUGAGUUUAGAAGAAAUGGCGACGUCUUACUUAUUAGAAGAGUGGAAUUGUUUAUGAGAAUUUGGAAAGAGGUCGGAGGCUGGCUAUUGUUUAUUUUAAUAAAGAAACCUCCAGAAGAAAUAAAUAGGUCGAACUAUGUUAAAACUAAUAGAGGUCAUGUUUCAUCUUUUGUAUUUUGUUGACUUUAUUCGUUUUAUAACGUUAUGUUGACGGGCAUUGAACUCCUAUUUUUUGUUAUAAAGAUUGUUGACUGUCGUGAAACUUGGAUGCAUCUUCGUGUAAACAAUCUUUAUAUGAUGUUUAUACUAUUUUUAACCGAUUUAAAACAAUAAAAUGUUUUCCAAUUAAAGAAAAAUUGCAAGAUUAAUCUAAACAUUUGACGAGGUUCUCCGUGGAAGACUUGGGCAAGAAUGACGUUGUGGCUAUAGAAGGCGAGCAUCUCUGCUGGUAUCGUGUCAUCUCGAUCCACAGGUAUCACGCAAUGGCCCAAUGAACUUAAGACAACGCCCCGAAUUGCCAGUUCCAGUUUGGUUAGCCGUUGUCGAGUUGUAGGCCGUCUCGAUAGUGUGUUGGAGUCAUCUCAUUACACGACUCUUUUUUCCCUUCAUCUGUAUAUAAGAAAUCAACAAAGUGUGACAGAUGGACGUUACAUUCAAUCGGAUAAUUCUGCGAGGAAUAGAUAACAAUGCCGGAGUGAACAUGAACCCGCGUUAAUGCUGUUAUGGCUGUGGAAAAAUCGACCUUAUCCGACCAAAUUGUUGUGGAUGCUCGCAAUAAUGCUACUACCAAUCGUUCGAAAGUGACGUUAGCUGGACACGGCAUGAAAUUCCUACCGGAUAAUCUUCAUAACGAUAAUCCACAUCUGACCACGUUAGAUCUUCGACACAACCUGUUAGAUUUGUGUUCGACGGAUGCAAGAUGCAUUACACUCAACGAUUUUUCACGUUUCGAGUAUUUGGCAUACCUGAAUAUCGCCGAUAAUAAACUGGGCCAACUGCCCCAAUCGAUAGGAAGAUUGACAAAAUUGGAAGAAUUAAACAUAGUGGGAAAUGGAUUAACGGUUUUACCUCCCGAAAUUGGAAAGCUGGAAAGAUUAACGAGACUAUACGCAGAUUUCAACCAGCUGAGCACGGUGCCAACGGAGAUGGAAUUAUUAAAUAAACUAACCGUUUUAUCUUUGAGUCAUAAUAAUUUCAUUAUGUUACCGUCCACGUUACAGAAAAUUAAAACUUUAGAAGUUCUCGUAUUAAGUGGCAACUGUUUGACUUGCCUCCUUCAGAAACCUGCAGGGUUAACUUAUUUAGAUGUUCGUGCCAAUAAUCUACAGGGGAUUAUAGAAGUAAAUGAUCUUCAAAUGCUUCAACAUCUCGACAUCAGUUAUAAUUGUGUACAGAAAUUAGAAAUAGCUUCUUUGUCUCAGCUUCGUUUCAUUGACUCUUCGUAUAACCAAUUGAAUUCUCUGACUCUUCAUGGUGAAUCUUUGCAGAUUCUCGUUGCUAGUAAUAAUAGAUUAAAAAAGCUCGAAAUCGUAUCGAGCGUAAACAAACUGGAAAUUUUAGAUGUCUCCUUCAAUCAAUUGACGUACAUACCAGAAAUUGUGUGUGAUGCUCCUCAAUUAGUGAUACUCGAUGUUAGCCACAACCGUUUGCCAAAUAUUCCUAAUAGGCUAUUUAACAGUGAUCAAUCGCAAUUGCAAAUAGUUAAACUGAAUCAUAACUUGCUGAACUUUUUACCCGAAAUAACAACAAAUUUUGCCUGUAGAUGCAUUCAUCUUCAGCAUAAUCUUCUCUCGUGCCUUCCAUUAAAUUUAUUUAUUUGUGCAAUCAGGUUAGAGGAACUGAACGUUGCCCACAAUAGACUUUUGAAUCUACCUUUACCCUAUCACCCAAUACAAUUAAAGAAACUAUACCUUUCUUCUAAUCUACUUAAUGAAGAUAUAUUUCAGUUAGUUUCGAAAUGUCCGAAAUUGCAAGUACUACAUCUCGCUUAUAAUGGUUUACAAGAAAUUCCCGAGAGUAUUUUCCAAAAUUUAUCCAAUCUUCGAGAGUUUUCAAUGGCCGCCAAUCAGCUGGAUCAAUUUCCUGCAGGAUUAAUAACACUACCUUUGUUGCAAAUUCUCUGUCUACAUUCAAACAAACUGACAAACGUUCCCCAACUAUCCAAAUAUCCGAGUCUGAAGGCUAUCGACCUAGCCUGCAAUAAUCUAAGCAAAGUAUCCUUAAUGUCGAUAAUAUCGCCUCAUCUUAGUUACCUGGACUUGUCAUGUAAUAGCCAACUUCAGAUAAACCCAACGGAAUUUCAUAGCCUUUGUUCAGACAGAUCGGUAGGUAUUGUUAACGUCGACUCGAAGAGAAGAAAUGCCGUUCCUUUCACUAAUGAGACUAAUAAUAUAAACAACGAAGAUGAAGAUCCGUGGGUUUUGGGCUUUACCGAAACCUAUAGUGGAACUGCCAGGUUAAGCAUAAGUAUGGACAAAAAGAAGCAAGAGUUAUCAAUAGUCGUUAUCGAGAGCAACGACAGAGAACAAGUUUCUCUAGUAAAAAGCUUUUUACCUCAAUUGUUAAAAGCUGAAAAGUCACGUACGGAAGGAGCCAUCCAUUAUAUGUGCAAUACAAUACUUGCUGCCCUCAGGUUGAUAAAAACAAAAUGGCCACAUUCCGAUCCUUCUUUAACCCUUUAUUGUCUAACGCCCUCGCCCGACGACGACGACGGUUGUUUUGUCCUGAGGCUGGUCAGCGCCGGACAACCCGCCGGAUGCGUUUUGAUUGAUAAUGGAGAAGCCAUUGCCAUAACAGAAAACAAUAUGGAGGACGUUCCUUCCGUCAAUCAAGACUGGGAAACAGCUUUAAAGGCUGGUUUUACUACUUCCAACAAAUCGGCACUGUCUACGGAGCAUCUUCAACCCAAACGGAAAACCUGCUUCAUUUCCGAACCGCAAAUGAAGGAAAUUCGUUUAAAGAACACCGAAUCGCACUUAGUUAUAGGGAGCAGCGCCUUGUGGGAGGCCCUAGAAGUUCAAGAGAUACUCCAAAUUGUCGACAGAAACGAACAAAUAGUGCAGAGUUCUAAACACCUUUCGGAACUUUCUAUGGCUAUAGGAAACAGGGAAGGUGUGUGUAUAGCGGUUUUAGCGCUACAGCUAGACAAAGCCAAUUUAUUCAGUAAUUCGAGCAGCAACAACUCUAGCGAUGAUAAUAAUCAGAAUAUCAACCUGUUAUCUAGUUUUCCGAAUAUAUCGAACUGGCACAACGAGGACGAAGACAAGAUACAAAACGACGAAUUGAUCGAAGAUGCUGAGAAAUACAAAUCUUGGGAGUAUAUGUUAGAACAGAAUCACAAAAUGCUCUUCUCUAGAGAACUGGAGACUAUUCACAGAUCUCUUGCCUACAGGAAUACACCCAUACAGAACGAAGAUUCUAGCAAUUGGUGUAGCAAUAAUACCUCAAUUCAUCCACACAAUUUUCGGGGACGUUAUUAUUGUUACGGUUAUUACGACAAAAGCAAAUUCCCAUUUUAAAUAUUAAUUAUUUUAGAGUUGUAAAAUUUGUAUUUAAUAAAGUAUUUUGUUUGAAAAUAAUUGUUUUAUAAACUGAAUAUUACCGGCAGUUAGAAAAAAAAACAAUAUUCAUGAAUAUUAAUAGGUUAACAUCCUCCUAACCACUGAAUUUUUUUUAAAACCUACAACUGUAAACCUAUACCUUCAAGAAAUAAUUUUGUAUAAAAACUUGCCUAUUAUUUUUCUUUCUUAUGG